AUGAUAAUAUUGGUCUGCAUAGGACUCUUCAUACUGUCUGCAUGUGGUCCUCAUCAUUAUUACUUUGUGAAUGUGAACAAGACCUGGACUGAAGCACAGUCAUACUGUAGAGAACACUACACUGACCUGGCCACUAUUGACAACCAAGAGGACACAGAUGAGCUGAUUAAAACUGUUAAAGGAGAUGUUGAGCGUGUUUGGAUUGGACUGGAGAAGAGUGGUGAUAUGAGGUGGCAGUGGUCUCUGGGAGAUCCAACAUUCUACAGAGAGGGAGAAAUGGAGUUUACAAACUGGGAUGAACGCGAACCAAAUCAUGAGAGUAGUUCUGAGGACUGUGUCAUAAUUAGAGGAAAUGGAAAAUGGAAUAACAAGUCAUGCACAGAGACUAAACCCUCUGUGUGUUAUGAUGACAAGCUGAUCCUGAUCAAUGAGACUCUGACCUGGAGUGAAGCUCUGAAUUACUGCAGAGAGCAUCAUGUGGACCUGGUCUCAGUUCACUCAGAGAAGAUUCAGGAGUGGGUGAUGGAGAUGGUUGAAAAGGCCUCCACUGCUCAUGUGUGGCUGGGCUUACGUUACAGCUGCACUCUGGGCUUCUGGUUUUGGGUGAGUGGACAAUCUCUCUGCUACCAGAACUGGGCUCCAGGGAAUGGAACUGUAGUGGAAGAAUGUGGGAAUCAGAUAAUUACAGGAGCAGUUGAGUCUGGAGGAAACAAAGAAUGGAUCAGCUUCUCUGAGACUGAGAGACUCAACUUCAUCUGCACCAACUAUGAAGUGAAUGGUUUUCUCCUGGGCCACUCAGCCAGUGUGGUUUCUGUGUUUCUCAGCAUGAGCACUGUGACCUGUGUGUUUAUCCGUAGGAAAGUGAGUGUGGUGAACCAUUAA